ACAUGGUAGCACUGUAUUCCAGAGGUGUGGGACUGCUUCAGAGAAGGCUCUCUCUCACUGCUACCACAGGAAGACAGCUAAGAAGGGCCUCCCAUGCUGAUCUUGAGUUAGGGCAGUUUGAUAUUGGUGAAGAAGGCCCUUCCACUAAUCUGUUUCCAUACUAUUUAAGGCCUUAAAUGUCAAGUCAGCACUUGGCAAAGUAUAGGUGUUAUAGAAUCAAAUUGUCUCACCCCCACCAACACAUGGGCAACUACAUUCUGUACCAGCUGAAGUUACUGGACCAUAUUCAAAGGGAAGUACAGUUCAUUACAGUAGCCCAGCCCGGAUAUCACUAGUGCCUGGAUAACAGGCAAGGUCUGCAUUCUCCAGAUAGGGCUGCAAAUGGUGUACCAGCCUAAGCUGAUCAAACACCCUCCUAGCCACCACACUGAGCCAGGCUUCCUCAGUUAGCACAAAAUCCAGGUAGAUUUCCAGAUUAAGCGCUUGGUCUCUCCUUUUCUAACUCAGGUGUAAGUGUGCAUGUUGGAACAAAGUGCAUCAGUAGAAUGUAAUGAUUUGGUCACUUGAAUGCUGGGUGUUGGCUGGUGGUGCAGACAAAGGGAUGAUUGACCUAUCUUUGCUGGAGUUUGCCUGGCUGGAGAAUGGUAGCAGAAUGAGUGUGAAAAAUAAAGCUAAGCUGCAAUUAAGGAAAUUUGAUGUUGGAGCCCGAUUUUCCCAUUUACCAAUAGCAAAGGCCUCUGUUCUUAUCCCACUGAUGGUUAAAAAUGGAAAGCUUUCUGUACUUUUCACUGUGAGAUCGAUGAAGCUGAGAAGAUCACCAGGAGAAGUCUGUUUUCCAGGAGGCAGAAGUGAUUCAACAGACAGAGAUGAAAUAGCCACAGCUCUUCGAGAAGCUCAGGAAGAAGUGGGACUCCAUCCUGAGCAGGCUGAAGUUAUCUGUAGGCUUGUACCUGGAAUAGAUAAAACUUAUUCUUUAGUAACUCCAGUUGUAGCCUUUAUAGAAGACACAUUCCAACCCCAUCCUAAUCCAGAAGAAGUCAGUGAUGUGUUCUUGGCGCCACUGGAGUAUUUCAUUAGUCCUUCAAAAUACACAGCCUUACCUUUUGUUAAGAUGGGAGAGGUUCCAUUUUUGAUGCAUUCCUUUGAAUAUGAUGACCCAGAGCUUAAGAAGUCCUUUACAAUAUGGGGACUCACAGCACACUUUGUGGUAUUCCUUGCGCUUGUAAUUUUUGGAAAGAAGCCCACUUUUGAAGUUCAAUAUGAUCUUGAUAAUUUGAAUUCUUCUGCUGAGAGCAAUUUCAUGGAAUUAUACCAUGAGGGGAAAAGGAAGGAAAGCAAGCUCUGAGUUGUGAAAACAUCAUUUUCCUCUAACAAAUAUAUUCCCUUUUAACCAGGCAAAUAUAUUGACUUAAAUACAUUGACUUGAAUACAUCCCCUUAAAUUAGAUUUGUUAAUUGAAGAAGUAUAUAAUAUAUUCCUUUUUCAGUAUUCGUGUAUUGAUUUAAUUGUACAAAAUAAAGUAUACUAGACAGUU